CGCAGCAAGGCAGCGCUCUUGGCUGUAUCACACCAAGCGAUUUGCGAACCCUCUGUCCUGUCCGCGGAGCGUUACUUCGGUAGCUGAAACCCUUUUCUUCAGUCUGUGAGCUCGAUUUAGAGGGGGAUCUCUGAAGACUAAACGUUUGAGAUGGAAUUUCCUGUGGAUUUACUGAGAGACACCAGCCAUGAAGAUCUAGAGAGCUGUGCAGAAGAGUAUAUGUCUGAACUUGCAGAUCGUGACCUUGAUCAGUUGGAGUAUUUCACUCAACCCAACAAUGAGAUGGUUGUUGUUAGCAUUUCAAGUGUUGGCUUUGUUCCUCUUUAUGGCUCAGAUGAGGCAUGCAAGGUUCUUGCUUUAUUUACAUCUGAAAACCCAUUUUCAGCUGUGGCUCUAUAUCUUGUUGACCAGUGGUGGGCUGUGGAAGAUAUUUUGAAAACUUCAGAUAAUUUCCGAAAUGGUUUAAUUCAGGAGUGUAAAAAAGAACAAGAAAGAAUUCUUCACUCCAUGGAUGGCCUUAUGUAA